AUGACGGAGGCGUCACAGGAAUCGACUUCGAGGGUUUUCCUCCUGCAAAAGAGGAAGUCGUUUCGGCAGAGAUUGACCACUGUACUGAAUGAAGCCGAGCAAGCUAUGCAGGUCGUUGGAAGCUCUCAGGAUCCCACCACUCGUUGUGAGGUACUGCUUGAGCGCAUCGUCAAAUUCUCAGCCAGCCUGGAUGACGUGGACAGAAAGUUGGAGUCUAUGUUUACGGUCGAGGAGGUUGAAGCGGAACUUGAGAGAAUGAUCGACUAUCAAGACCGGGUAACCACCAUCACCUGCUUACUGAAGAAACAUAUCGUCGAGCAGUCUUUGAGAGCUGGUUCCAUACUGGAGUCCAGAAAUCCUGGUGAGCUGGCGCUUCCCAUUGGAGAACGUAGUCGAACUGUAGGAGAUGGCCGUCACAGACCGCAGUUACCGAAGUUGGAACUCCUCAAAUAUAAUGGCAGUCAAGAGCACUGGCAGGAAUUUUGGAUAAGGUUCGAAUCCCUGGUAGACAGCAAUGCUUCCUUGUCGAACAAUGAGAAGAUGUCCUAUCUGACAGCGGUUCUUACUGGCGAGGCUGCAGCUUCAAUAAAGGGCCUCCAGCUGACGGGAGAUAUGUACGACACUGCGGUCAAGAUGAUUAAGGAAAGAUUUGGAAAAUCCAAACAUGCUGGUACAGUUUCAUUUGAAGCGGUUGCUAGGUCUUCAGCCAGUACGCUUCUCCCGCAAUGUUCUCGAACUGAGACGUCUUCACGACACAGUGAAGGCUCAUAUGAGGAGUUUAGAAGCGCUGGGUCUACCUCAAAGUCGUUUUGCUCUCUACUGUUUCCUGUUCUACAACAAGCGGUUCCGCAAGAUAUGAUUCUCAGCUUCCAGAGGAAAGUUCACGGCGACGAACAAUCGCUUGGAACUACAUCGGCAGAAGAUCGGUAUGAGAUACUUCUCACGAAGUUGCUAGACUUUAUCAAGAUGGAAGCUGAGUGCAGGGAGCAACUGCCACUGGCUACAGGAGAUAGUGUCUACGACACGAGGAGGCCCAUUCAGACGACCCUCAGACGACCCAGAGGAAGUUACGGACGACCCAGAGGAAGUUACGGCAAACUUCUUCUGAAAGACUAUCGUCCGCCUCCGCUCUUGGCGUCGAAGCCAGGAAACCGACUACCAAUCGUGACAAGACGGAGCCCUGCUUCUUUUGCGGGAAUGAUCACGAGAUGCUGA